GCGGGCGCGAGCGGCGGGUCCCGCCCGAGGCCGCGACAGGAACCAACAGCUCCGCCAUGGUGAACUUGGGGCUGCGGCGGGUGGAGGAUGAUGUGGCAGCCAAGCACCCGGCGCUGCAGCAGUACGCGGCUUGCCAGUCCCACGCCUUCAUGAAGGGCAUCGGCACCUUCCUGGCAGGCAGCGGAGCCACCUUCGCCGUGCAAAAGCUGGCGCGGCAGAAGCUGCCGUACAGCCCGCAGUGGAGCCUGCUGCUGGCCGUGGGUGCUGCUGGCGCUGUCAGAAGCACCUCGGCCUCCCCAGCCGCAGGGUCCCUCGCGAGCUAUGUGGUAACCAGAGCUGAGACACAGAAAUGCUCCGACUUCUGGAUUUAUCUGGAGACAGGCAAGUCCCCACAGCAGCUCGCCGUGACUGGUGGGGUGUCUCAGCCCACAGAAAAUCUGCUCAGCACAGAGGACAGGGACAGCGUCGCACUGCCGGUGAGGAGGAACAGGUACGGGGAUGUGGUGGAGUAGCCGUCAAAGCACAGCACUCUGUACCCGUGUCCCACUUCAGCCCCUGCUGCCUGCCCAGCCUGUCGCUGCCCAUGCUGCCUGUGCAUCUGGUAGGCUUGAUGGCACUGUUGGGAAGCUCAGAGGAUUUGAUCCUGCAGUGAGAGUGUGGUGGAGGCACCACAGGGAUCACUGCUGCCCACCUCAUGGCCUCUGAACAUUGCACUGAGGGUACAAUAAAAGUCAAGAACUGAA